GGAUAAAUUUAGGCUAGACCCAAAUCUCUCCUGUGAGUGGCUUAUGGCAAGGAUUUAAUAUAUAUUAACUGAAAAUCAUACCGCUGCGUUGUAAUAUUAUGUAAUCAAGUACAUACGAAAUCAGGCAAAGAAGAAAUGUCACAAGACAUACCAGCUGUACCUAUGGCAGGCCUGUAAAGUCAUAUUAAUAAUCAGAAGGGGCCAGAGAAAGCACCUGUCACAUUUGUACAGCAGUUUAAGAUGCAUCCUCGUACAUACUCUGAUUCUCACACCAAGCCUGCCCGGUAUGCACGGGAGGCCACCAGCUCCGGUUUAUAGGCAGCGAUCGAACCACCGAGGUCUGAAACCUUUGACCUCGGCGGGGCCAAGCCUCUAGUCUCCGCCUCCCAGCGGCAGGUCUGGCGCGUCUUGCCGGCCACCUCUCGACUACUAUCGCAGUGCUUGACAGUCUCAGUACCCUUUUCUUCUGUAUUACAUCUGCAAAACGAGCCCAGGGAUACCAGCGGCCACAGAAGGGAAGACGCAGGCGAAGGGGACAAGAACGGCACCUCGAGGCCGCCGUCCAGCCGGGGCCGCGGCACCAUAGAGUACAAAAGUGCGGACAGAGCGGCCCCAGGAGCGCCUCGCACUCCGUGCCGGACCGGCGGGAUGGCGAUCAUGCUGGCUCUGAGGGUGGUCGCGGGGCUGGUGGCCGCGGCGCUGGCGGCUUUGCUCUUGGAGUAUUAUGGCUUGGCGGAUCCGCCCUCGCCGCUGCCCCAGCGCCCCCACCGCCAGCGGCCUCACCCCGCGCCUGGCCCCGGAAACAGCAACAUCUUCUGGGGCCUGCAGCCGCUGGGCGGCCACUGCCCGUGCUGCCUCUGCCUGACUCGUUUAUCCCUGUUCAUUACCGGCUUUUGGCAGAUAUCCGACAUUCACCUGAGCAGGUUUCGCGAACCAAGCAGAGCCAUAGACUUAGAGAAGUUCUGUUCUGAAACUAUUGACAUCAUUCAACCAGCUCUCGUCCUAGCAACAGGAGACCUGACAGAUGCCAAAACAAAGGAACAGCUGGGAUCCAGGCAGCAGGAGGUGGAGUGGCAAACUUACCAUGGGAUUCUGAAGAAGACAAGGGUCAUGGAAAAAACCAAGUGGCUGGAUAUCAAAGGAAAUCAUGAUAUGUACAACAUUCCAAGUCUGGAGAGCGUGAAGAAUUAUUACAGGAAAUACUCUGCUGUGCGCAGGGACGGUUCUUUCCAUUAUGUCCACAGUACUCCCUUUGGCAACUAUUCUUUCAUCUCAGUUGAUGCCUCUCAAGUUCCGGGGCCUAAGAGGCCCUAUAAUUUCUUUGGAAUUUUAGAUGAGAAACAGAUGCAGGAGCUCUUAUUACUAGCCAAAGAAAGUAGUUGGAGCAACCAUACAGUUUGGUUUGGACACUUUACAACGUCCACUAUGCUUUCUCCAUCUCCAGGAAUCCAGUCAACAAUGAGUUCGGCGACAGCGUAUUUGUGUGGCCACCUGCAUACACUUGGUGGACUGAUGCCCGUUUUGCAUACUCGUCACUUCCAGGGCACUUUGGAACUUGAAGUGGGAGACUGGAAAGAUAACAGAAGGUACCGGAUCUUUGCUUUUGAUCAUGACCUCUUCAGCUUUGCAGAUUUGACCUUUGGAAAGUGGCCUGUGGUUCUUAUCACCAAUCCUAAAUCCCUCCUCUAUAGCUGUGCUAAACACGAACCUUUAGAAAGACUCCUUCACUCAACACAUAUCAGAGUCUUGGCCUUUUCCUUGUCCUCUAUUACUUCUGUCACUGUUAAGAUUGAUGGAGUUAAUUUAGGGCAGGCUGUUCAUUUGUCUGGUCCUAUUUUCAUACUGAAGUGGAACCCCAGAAACUAUAGUAAUGGCACACAUAACAUAGAAGUAAUUGUCCAGGAUUCUGCUGGAAGAAGUAAGAAUGUUCAUCACAUAUUUUCUGUUCAAGAGAAUAUGCAUCUUAUGUUUGAUCCCCUGGCAUCAUUCAUUCUCCUGACUGACUUCUGCACUGUGGCCCGGGUCCUUUUUGUGCUGAUUGUGCUGAUUCAGCUCUCCAUUCUCAUUACGUUUAGGUAUCUAGCAUAUCCAGAGCUUAAAGAACCUCCAGGAUUUAUAAAUCUGACUUCAUUUUCCCUUCAUGUCUUGAGCAAAAUAGACAUCUUCUACUAUUCCGUAUUAUUGCUGACCUCUUAUACUGUGCUGGGACCAUGGUUUUUUGGUGAAAUCAUUGAUGGCAAGUUGGGCUGCUGCUUUUCCUUUGGAAUAUUUGUUAAUGGACAUUUCCUUCAAGGCAGUACGACAUUUAUAGUUGGAAUUCUCCAGCUGGCAUUUUUUAACAUUCCGUUGAUGGCUUACCUCUGUUGGAGCUUGCUGCAGCGAUGCUUUGGUCAAAGUUUCAGGUCUCAUCUCCAUCAAGGAAAAUACUUGAAAAUUAUACCUGUUCACCUACUUAUGCUCCUGCUGUACCUCUGGCAAGUUUACUCCUGCUACUUUCUUCAUGUGACGUUUGGCACUCUAGCUUUUUUAAUAUCCCCUUUGCGGACCUGGUUGACAUUGCUGACGCCGGUACUCAUUCGUUGUGUGUGGACACUGAACUCGACAGAGUUUGGAACCUUCAUGGUGCAGUUGAAAAGCCACCUGAGCUCCUGAGGGCUGUCUUUGCGCACUGGCAGCUGUGCAGAAGUCCUGCCUUUGCAUGUUUAGUCCAGGUCCCUGCCCCCAGUCUGCGUGUGAGCCUUAGAGGACCGCUGCUGCCCGGACACCUGGAUGUUGGAAGGAUUACUCACUACUGAUUCCUGCAAAGUGGACCGCAGAAAGUAUAAACAAUGACUUGGUCCUGGCCGUCCCUAAGGAGACAAAGAAAAAGCCCUAAUCAAGAGGCGCCACGGCAUAGGGGCUGGGUGCAUGCAUGGCAGUAUCUCAGGCCCAGUGUGAUUUUUAGGGUUCUCCCUUGUAAAGCCUCUAGCACUGUGCCUGGACUUCAGCACUAUCAAGGAUGACAGCGCCCCGUGUACCUGGGCCAGAACCUGACUUCCCUUGAGAUGUUAAUUCCCAACCCUGUUUUCCCACAGGGUUAUGAGUUUUCUGCUUCCUUGGUCGGGGGUGUUUUCAGCUAAUCGAAUAAAUGAUGUACGACUAAUUA